GCCAUUCUUGUCUUCGGGAUACUGGCGGUUAGCAACGACGCUUCCAAUAUAUUUCGAGGGAUGAAGCAAAUACCUCGGCUUUUGUAUUAUUUAUUAACAGUGUUUUAAUUAACAUUUGAAAAGUAUUUGUGCCAGAAAUCACUGGUUCGCUGAAGAAAAACAGUUGGAAAAUAUGCGACCAGAUUCACGUAGCGUUUCAUUCACGUUUCACCGGGAAGUUCUGAGCGUCAAAAAUUCACCGGAGAUUACAAAAAAAUUGAGACGACGCUUACAAGAUCGUUUUGAAAAAGAAAAGCCUGGAAAUUCGUGUAAGGAAAAAAUGUCUAAGGAUAAGCAAACAGGUGACCGUAGUUGGAACAACUUAACUCUUGGAAAUAUGUCAGCGGAUUCCAGACGUGCUCUGCGAAGCGGAGCCGAAAAAUUAUCCAAAACCAUAUCUUCCGUACGCACAACUUUUGGAACAAUUUCACAGAAAUUCAAAAGUUCUACACGUAGACGUCAAAGACUGGAGGAACAACAAUCUCCUAACAGUAUUUGUAAAAUGCAGACUCCUCAAACCCGUUCUCGUCAACUUCUUGGUAGAACACCUACAAAACUUUAUAGUCCUUUUGGCAUAGAAUCUCCAAGGCAUACAUGGGAUAAAGAAAAUACUGAAACUGCAGUACAUAGUCCUGCAGGAAUAAAUACACGGUAUAUCCAAUAUAGGCCUUUCUGUUUUACAAGAGCUAAAGGAUUUUCUGUGUUAAGAUAA